AUGGCAUCUGCAAGGGCAUCCAAUGACCCUGUCCAAGAACAGCAGUCUCUUCCUAUUUUGCAUGCUACAUGCGACCGUCAACAAAGGUCGCUCGAAGACCAUCGUGCCUUCUCUUCGAUUUCUGGAAGAGAUAGAGACCAGCAAGAUAUGUCCAUUGGUAGCUCGAGGCCAGAAGAGUUCGAUACUAGUAGCCAGAGCACCACUGCCUGUUCGAAUUUUGAUCAAAAUACCAUUACAACAACUCCAGCUACCAGUACAACACUGCCGACUGCAGGAGAAACGACGACCCUCCAUGUUUCAACCGAAGAUGACACCUUUGGCACACUCAAAUUCGCACCAAUGAUGAAACGGCUCUUUCAGGACUGUAAGACAGAUCGCGGAGAAUUCUUGCGUGCAAUCAGAGAAGCAAAAGCGGCCUUCCCAACCGGGCAAGGCUGGGAAGCCGCGAUAGCCACCAAGGAGGAGAAUGCUGACAUGCGCGACCGUAUGAAGAUCUACCAUAGAUUUGAAUGUUAUAACAUUUAUUGGCACGUUGUUGAGGCCGGGUUCCAUACGGGCACAUACUGGAUCAGGGACAUGCGCACUGCAUUGGCGAACAAGCUCUGCCAAGACUUCCCCAAGCGGUUCCAGAACCAGAAGACCGCGAAUAAGUGCUUGAACUGGGUUGAUCAGGGCUGCAAAUAUCAUGAGUGGGCUGGACUGUUCAGUAGUAGAACAACAGACUUGGGAUAUCUCAUCGCAUUGCCUCUAGAUGUGCCUCACUCAGCGUAUGCCUUCCCCCUCCAAGCAACUUAA